AUUUCUUCAAACUUUAGCUUCAGAGCCCUCCAAAAGAAAAAAAUAUUAUAGGAAAUAAAAAAUAAUUUCCUGGUUAGAAUAAACACAUUUUUAAAAAAACCAAGAAAAGAUUUUCCUCUUCUGUUACAUUCCUUCUUCCUUCUCCGGCCACCGGAGCCGUAGCCGAAUUGUGCCUCUUCUCCGGCGAGGGGAGAGGGAGAGAGGGGGUGUGAGUUUUGCUCCUUCCGGCGAGUGGUCUCCUCCCCGCGCGGCUGAGGAGAUCUCUCGGGACAUCGGGGUUGGGGCGGCGUGCAUGAUGGGGUUCUCGCUCACGCCGAUGAAGAUCUCCACGAGGCUUCUGUGGAGCACCAGCUUCUUCCGCCACAAGAUCGCCGCCACCAUCGCGUCCUCCUCCUCCUUCUUAUAAGAUCAUCUUCUCCGCCACAGCAAUCUGUAAAUAUAUACACAUCGAACGCGACAAGCGCGUUUGAUUGAUUGGAUUUUUCUCCCCUCUCCUCACGACAAGUAAUUAAGGCGCGCGAUCUCGAUCUCUAGCGUUGAGAACUUGAUCCGCGAUGGAGUCCGGCCGGCUCAUCUUCAGCACGGCGGGCUCCGGCGCCGGGCAGAUGCUCUUCUUGGACUGCGGCGCUGGCGGCGGCGGCGUCGGCGGCGGGGCCAUGUUCCAUCGAGUGAUGAAGGGGCGAGACCGGUGCUCGGCAUGGAGGAAGGAGGGCGCGGCGUCAAGCGGCCCUUCUUCACCACCCCCGACGAGCUCCUCGAAGAGGAGUACUACGACGAGCAGCUCCCGGAGAAGAAGCGGCGCCUCACGCCGGAGCAGGUGCAUCUGCUGGAGAGGAGCUUCGAGGAGGAGAACAAGCUGGAGCCGGAGCGGAAGACGGAGCUGGCGCGGAAGCUAGGGCUGCAGCCGCGGCAGGUCGCCGUGUGGUUCCAGAACCGCCGCGCGCGCUGGAAGACCAAGCAGCUCGAGCGCGACUUCGACCGCCUCAAGGCGUCGUUCGACGCCCUCCGCGCCGACCACGACGCCCUCCUCCAGGACAACCACCGCCUCCACUCUCAGGUCAUGUCGUUGACCGAGAAGCUGCAAGAGAAGGAGACGACGACCGAGGGCAGCGCCGGCGCGGCCGUUGACGUCCCGGGCUUGCCUGCGGCGGCCGACGUGAAGGUCGCCGUCCCGGACGCCGAGGAACCGGCGCUGGAGGAGGCGGCGGCGGCGUUCGAGGAGCAGCAGGAGCAGCAGGUGAAGGCCGAGGACAGGCUGAGCACGGGCAGCGGCGGGAGCGCGGUGGUGGACACGGACGCGCAACUGGUGGUCGGGUGCGGCCGGCAGCAUCUCGCCGCCGUGGACAGCAGCGUGGAGUCGUACUUCCCGGGCGGCGACGAGUACCACGACUGCGUGAUGGGCCCCAUGGACCACGCCGCGGGGGGCAUCCAGUCGGAGGAGGACGACGGCGCCGGCAGCGACGAGGGCUGCAGCUACUACGCCGACGACGCCGGCGUCCUCUUCGCCGACCACGGCCACCACCACCACCACCAACACGCGGACGACGACGAGGAGGACGGCCAGCAGAUCAGCUGCUGGUGGAUGUGGAACUAGAUUUCUCGCGCGCGCGCGUCGUCGUGCAUUCAAUUCUCGUGUUAAAAAAAUCGUUCUCUUUUUCAUUUUUCCGCUUCUUUGUCUGUAAUGUUGAGUUUCGAUCGGCUAUGAGAAGGAAGGAGGUGUAUGCAUGUGCAUGGUAUGGUAGGGUAACACAUCGGUGAAUCAAAUCUGUCAUGGUGAUGUACGAGAAUUGAAGAACAUGGGGGUAGCAAUAAGUGCAUGGAGGCAAGUACUCUUUUCAAUGGCACAUACCAAAUCAUGUCGUCGAAUUGAGAUUUUUAUUAGUCUUGAAUUCUUCUUGAA